GGCCGACUGUGAACCGAUCGUGUGUCUUACUUUUUUUUCUGUUUCGAUUCUCAUUUUAUAUAUAUGUAACCGAUCAUUGUAUAUAUAUAUAUAUAUUCUAUGUACCUCCCCGUCAACAGAUUCACUACAAUAACACUCAGAGCCGAUUUUACAGGCACUAGUGGAACUUCAUUCUGAGAUCGAUAUUGAUCGCCGAACAUCCAUCGGUUGGAGUUCGCGCGAAAUUAAAAAAAAAAAAAAUUUUAUUUAUUUUUUUAAUAGUGUCAUUGUUAGGGAUUUUAAUUUAUUGUAAGUGCUCUUUAAAAAACAAAAGUGGAAUAUUUUUGCGAGACAAAAAUAAAGGAACAACAAAAAAAAAAUUAAUUAUAAAUAAGAAAAAAAAAAUUUUUUUUUGCUUGGACAUUUUUUUUUUUUUUUUUUUUUAUAAAAGUACGUUAGUUCGCUCCCAAUAAGCAUUUCCUUCGUCAUCAGCAACGGCAUACUUGGUACAGACUUUCUCCUUGUGCCCGCUCGUCUCGCGCAGCAAGUCCGAUCACAACUCGCGGAAUUGACGACUUAUGAAUUUUGCUCAUUAAAUAAGAUCACGAGCGAUCUGGGGAAAAAUCGAUCAAUCGAUAUUGAUUGAUAGGAGAGGCUUUGAGUGUUGUGUGCAGUUCAAAUUAAAAGAAGAGAGGGUCAACCUCGAAGUGAACCGGUGAGAAAGAUUACAAAACAAGAUGAGGGUACAUCGUGGGAUUUGUGCUAAACUACAAAGUGGAUUUCUUAGACGAUGGUGGGCAGCAGUGGCAUUUGGACUUCUUUUAGUUAUAAUUGCGGCAAUAUUGGCGUCACUAUUUCCAAAUUUGAUAAAUUUAAUAAUAAAUAAACAAGUCUCAUUAAAAGAGGGAAAUAAAUCAUUUGAUUGGUGGAGAGCGCCACCAGUUACACCAGAAAUGCAUGUUUAUAUUUAUAAUGUAACAAAUGCCGAUGAAUUCCUUAAUAAUGGCGAUAAGCCAAUAUUACAAGAAAUUGGUCCAUACGUUUAUUUGCAAACAUGGGAGAAAGUUGAACUUCAAUUCAAUGGAAACGAUACAAUCAGUUAUAAACCGAAGAAGGAAUAUAUCUUCUCACCGGAAUUAUCAGUGGGAUUAGAGGAUGAUUUGGUGGUUGUGCCAAAUGUACCAAUGUUAUCAGCCACAACACAAUCGAAACACGCGGCACGAUUUCUUCGAUUGGCAAUGGCAUCAAUUUUGGAUAUUUUAAAAAUUAAACCAUUCGUUGAGGUAUCAGUUGGUCAACUUCUUUGGGGUUAUGAAGAUCCUCUAUUAAAAUUAGCCAAAGAUGUUGUGCCAAAAGAACAAAAAUUGCCAUACGAUCAAUUUGGUUUACUUUAUGGUAAAAAUGGUACAUCACCUGAUAAUUAUACAAUUUUCACUGGUCAAUCUGAUAUCACAAAAUAUGGAAUGUUAGAAAAAUGGAAUGGAAAAUUAAAUUUAGGUCAUUGGAAAACUGAUGAAUGUGAUAGUGUUAUGGGAACUGAUGGUAGCAUUUUCCCACCUCAUAUUACCAAAAAUACAGUGCUCAAAGUAUUUGACAAGGAUCUCUGUAGAGCAUUGCCUCUUGUAUUUCAGAAAGAAGUAAUUACUUCUGGAGGAAUUCCUGGAUACAGGUUCACACCGCCCAAAGAUGUCUUCGCAUCCGCUGAAAGAAUGGAAUCGAAUAAAUGUUUUUGUCCAGCUGGUCCACCCUGUGCUCCUGAAGGAACUUUCAAUGUCUCACUAUGUCAAUACGAAUCACCUGUUCUUCUCAGUUUUCCACAUUUUUAUCUUGCGGAUCCCUCGUUACGAGAAGCAGUAAUUGGUGUGUCUCCGCCUGAUGCAGAAAAACAUCAACUUUUUAUUGAUGUCCAACCAACAAUGGGCACAGCUCUGAGGGCAAGGGCCCGAGUUCAAAUUAAUUUAGCCGUAAGCCAAGUAAGAGACAUCAAGCAGGUCGCUAACUUUCCCGACAUCAUUUUCCCCAUUAUGUGGUUUGAGGACGGAAUUGAUGAAUUGCCAAAGGAAGUUAUAUCGCUAUUAAGAUUGGCCGUGGAACUUCCACCAGUUGCAAGAGCGGCAGUUUGCGGUGCAUUGGGAAUUAUUGGUUUAAUUAUUCUCGUUGGUGCAUUAUUUUGUUUGGCAAGAGCGGCAAAACGUCAAGAAAAAUUACAUUUAACAACGCCAUUACCACCAAGUGCGACUAAAAAUGAUCAAUUAAAUCCAGCAUUUCAAAAUCCAAAAUAGAAAAAAGAAAAAAAAGAAAGAUGAACCUCAAAGAAAUUAAUUUCCCAGAAUUUCGAAAGAGAGAGAGAGAGAGAAAGAGAGAAAAAGAGCUUUUUACGAUCUUAUGUUGCUAUCUCGCUAUCAUAAAAUUUGUAUUUUUUUUCUCUCUCUUUUUUAAUACUUUUAACUUCGAGACAUGAGUGAACAAGUCCUUCGGCAGUUUUCUCUGCGCGAUUACCGGUCGAACCGGUGUGUGUCGUGGUGAUGUUUUGCUUUGGACUAAUUUCUUUCAUUUUUUUACCCUUAACGCGCGUCAUUGGCGCCUCGCGGUCAAAUUUACCACUCUUUUCGUCUCUUGUAAAACUCGUAUCGUGUAGUCUACAUGACGUGAUAUUUAUUUUUCCCCUCUGCUUUUUUUUUUUUUUUUUUUUUUUUUUUUCUCCUUCGAAUCCCCAAAGUCGUUUAUCAGAAAGGACUCAAUAUGCUCAUUUCAUUGAUAUUAUUAUAAAUAUAAAUUAUAUGUUUUUGAUAUUAUUUUUCGUCCUUUCGAACGAUGAACGGGUUUCAUGCGUGAAGAUUUCACCUUUUUUUUUUUUUCUUUUUUAUUCGAGACUGAAUCUUCAAUGUCGCAUCAUUUCCAAAUUUUUUUUUCUUCCUUUUUUUUUUUAAUCACGUUGUAAACAGAUUUUCUGUUUCUGGAAUAUUCCAUUUGCAUGAUAAUGAUUUUUUAUUCAUUAUAAAGGCUAUAUAAUUAUCAUUUUUCGAAUUAUUUGAAUAUUUUAAUUAAGAAUUUUAAUUUUUAAUUACAAAUUUUUCAGUUAAUUUUUUAUUUCGGAAAAUUUUUAAACUCAAUUCCUAUAAUGAAAUUAAAACAAAAUUGAGAAAUUUAAUUAGUAUUACCUAUUUAGAAAAAUGAAAUUUUGAUUCUCAGUGUGAUGAUAAACCCCCCCCCCAAAAAAAAAAAGGAAAAAUGUUUAAAUAAUUGUAUGUAAAUAAUUUUAUUUAUUGAAAAAAAAUAUAGUUUCUAAAAAGAAAGAUCAAAAUAGGGAAUUGAUCUAAAAAGAAACAUUUUUUUAAUUUAUUCCAUUCAGGAAAAAAAUGUUAAAAAACUUUAAUGUUUUGAUAUCGGAAUUUUUUUUUAUUAAUGUAAAAUUUUGAUGACGCAAAUGAACACUUUUUUUUUUAAAUUUUUAUUAUUUUCAUAUUUAUAUAUUUCUAUUAGGAUUUUUAUAGCUUUAUUGAUUUCAAUAUUGUUAUUGUAAAUUUUCAAUUUGUAAUUUUAAAUUUUAAAUUGGUAAAUUAAUUUUUUUACAUGUACAAUAUUAUUAAAUUUCCAAUAUUAAAUUAUUAAAUUUAUACUAUAAAAGUUUUCAAUAAUAUUAAUAGAAAACAGAUUUGAAUUUAAAAAAUUCAGAUUUUUCAUAAAAAAUUUUUUUUAACUAUAAUUUAUUUAUUUUGCACUUACUAUUAAAGAACAAUUGCUCAAAUAUUAUAGUUCUUAAUGCUCAUAUAAUUAUGUGCCUAAUUUUCAAUUCAUUUAUUUAUAAAAAAAAUUGAAUUAACAUCAAAGAAAAUAAUAAUUCAGAAAUAAAAUUAAUUCAAAGAGUAACAAAUUACUCAAAAAAAAAAAAAAAAAAAAAAAAACCGAAGAAAGUAUAAAAAAAUAACAAUUACUCAACAAAAAUUAGAAAUAUAAAAAAAUGAAUAAAAAAAAAGGUAAUUGUUAUUAUUUUAAGUACCAGUUUGAUUAUUUUUUUAAACUGUAAUUAUUAAUGUUAAUUGUUAUUUUUUGUUAAAAAAAAUUCUGCAUAUAGAAAUUAGUUUCUUAUAGGAAAUAAUUAAUAUGCAAAAAAAAAGUGAAAUGGAAUUUAUGAUGCAACAUUUAAGCAUUCAUUCUCAAUAUAAAAGAAGGAAAAUUGAAAAUUAAAAUAAAAAAAUUGAUUAAGAAAAAUUAGCAAUUAAGUUUAAAGUAAAGAUUAUAAAUUAAAACCAAAUUAGAAAAAUUGUUAUAUAAGAUAAGGAUUGUUCGAUGAAUGAUAUAAAAUAAUUGUGAAGCCAUCAUAUUUAGUUGGACGAUUAGGAUUUUACUUAUUGAUUAAUAAUUGUUAUUAUAAAUAAUGAAUUGUACAUAUUAUAAACAUUCCAUAAUUAUUACAAUAAGAAAAAUCUUUUUUUAUAUAUAUAUAUAUAUAUAUAUAUAAGAUUCUUUUAUACAAUCACUUUGAUCUAUCAAUAUAUAUAUAAAACUAAAUCCUGUUUUAAUUUAUCAUUUACGCUGCAUAUAUGCAAAAAAAAAAAAAUAAAA